CGCUACGGAGGGUACGCGUUCCUGUUGGCAAGGUUCGCCAAGUUCGCUCAAGCCAAGGUGAGGUUCCUCGCCUUCACCUCCGACGUAGGGGAAGCGAUGCGGCCUGUGGUGCCGGUCUGGAUGGUCAACGCGACUUACGCCAUCGCCAUUGGCUACUGCGUGACUGACGUGGCGAUCGUGGGGUAUCAGGAGCACAAGAGGAACGGGAAUGUGGUGCGAGCGGUCACGUUCCAAACCAUCUUCCAGGGUUUGGCGUCUAUCGCCCUCCCCUUCGCUAUCAUUCACACCAGCGUGCAUGCCUGCCACAAGGCCUUGAAGCAACGUGCCCCCAAGUACGCUCAGAUCGGCCCGACGAUUCUGGGGCUGGCCAUCAUUCCCUUUCUUCCUAUGGUGUGUGACGAGCCCGUGGAGCACCUGCUGGAGUACGCCUUCGACAAGGCCUGGCCG